CCAGAGUCUCUGUACACCUGGCCCAGUCCGGCAGGUAGCCAGAAUAUCCAGCCCUGGGCUCCUGCCCGUCUCUGCUAGCUGCUCUGCUUCUGGGGACCCUUUCCUGCCACCAGUGAGGCCCGGUCCCCCACACCUGCGCCCCACCUCCCCUUCCCUGAGGACUGCCAUCAGCCUGCAAACCAAAUCCAGAAUCCAGGUCUGCUGCAGGGACGCCCCGGUCUGAGCUGGACUUUGUUGUCUGAUGGCUUCCUUCAAGCCUCCUCCACAGCCUGCCGUAGGAGAUCUUCUGGGACCUGGAAACAUAGGUCCCUCCCCUGAGCCUGAGGAUUCUGGAGAGGCCUUUGAAUUCGAUGACAGUGAUGAAGAGGACGCCAGCCUUGCCCCCACGGGGGACACAGACCUCCCGCUGAUCAGCUUUGACCCCGUCUCUGGCACAGACUUGGACCAGGCCGCUGCACCACCCCAGACAGAGGGGCCGGCUGUCCUGAGCAAUGGUGAUGCUGUGGAUGCAGCUUUCUCUGGGGUCCGCCACACCAGUUGGAAGCGGAAGAGCUCUCGCCGCAUCGAUCGGUUCACUUUCCCGGCCCUGGAAGAGGAUGUGAUUUACGACGACGUUCCUUGCGAGAGCCCAGAUGCUCAUCAGCCCGGGGCGGAGAGGAGCCUGCUGUACGAAGAUGUGCACCGCGAUGGGGCGCCUCGGGAGGCCGAGGACCUAGGCUGGAGCUCCAGCGAGUUUGAGAGCUACAGCGAGGACUCGGGGGAGGAGGCCAAGCCGGAGGCAGAGCCCGCCAAGCACCGGGGCUCCUUCCAGCCCAAGCUUUCUCCAGACCUGACUAGGCUAAAGGAGAGAUGCGCCAGAACUAAGAGAGACAUCUUGGCUUUAAGAGUUGGGGGGAGAGACAUGCAGGAGUUGAAGCACAAGUGCGACUGUAAGAUGACCCAGCUCAUGAAGGCUGCCAAAAGCGGAACCAGGGACGGGCUGGAGAAGACGCGGAUGGCCGUCAUGCGCAAAGUGUCCUUCCUACACCGGAAAGAUGUCCUUGGUGACUCGGAGGAGGAGGACAUGGGCCUCCUGGAGGUCGGCGUGACAGACAUCAAGCCCCCAGCCCCGGAGCUGGGCCCCAUGCCCGAUGGCCUGAGCCCGCAGCAGGUGGUCCGGAGACACAUCCUGGGCUCCAUUGUGCAGAGCGAGGGCAGCUACGUAGAGUCCCUGAAGCGGAUACUCCAGGAUUACCGCAACCCUCUGAUGGAGAUGGAGCCCAAGGCGCUGAGCAUCCGCAAGUGCCAGGUGGUAUUCCUCCGGGUGCGGGAGAUCCUGCACCUGCACUCCAUGUUCCAGAUCGCCCUGUCCUCCCGCGUGGCCGAGUGGGACUCCACGGAGAAGAUCGGGGACCUCUUCGUGGCCUCCUUUUCCAAGUCCAUGGUGCUGGACGUAUACAGCGACUACGUGAACAAUUUCACCAACGCCAUGUGCAUCAUCAAGAAAGCCUGCCUCACCAAGCCAGCUUUCCUCGAGUUCCUCAAGCGCCGACAAGUGUGCAGCCCAGACCGCGUCACCCUCUAUGGGCUGAUGGUGAAGCCCAUCCAGAGGUUUCCACAGUUCAUCCUCCUGCUUCAGGACAUGCUGAAGAACACCCCCAGGGGCCACCCGGACAGGCUGUCUCUGCAGCUGGCCCUCACGGAGCUGGAGACCCUGGCUGAGAAGCUGAAUGAGCAGAAGCGACUGGCUGACCAGGUGGCUGAGAUCCAGCAGCUGACCAAGAGCGUCAGCGACCGCAGCAGCCUCAACAAGCUGUUAACGUCCGGCCAGCGGCAGCUGCUCCUAUGUGAGACGCUGACGGAGACGGUGUACGGAGACCGAGGGCAGCUGCUCAAGUCCAAGGAGCGCAGGGUCUUCCUGCUCAAUGACAUGCUGGUCUGCGCCAACAUCAACUUCAAGCCGGCCAACCACAGAGGCCAGCUGGAGAUCAGCAGCCUGGUGCCCCUGGGGCCCAAGUACGUGGUGAAGUGGAACACGGCGCUGCCACAGGUGCAGGUGGUGGAGGUGGGCCAGGACGGUGGCUCCUAUGACAAGGACAACGUCCUCAUCCAGCACGCGGGUGCCAAGAAGGCCUCGCCUGCCGGCCAGCCCCAGAACAAGGUGUACCUGGGGCCCCCGCGCCUUUUCCAGGAGCUUCAGGACCUGCAGAAGGACCUGGCUGUGGUGGAGCAGAUCACGCUGCUCAUCAGCACGCUGCACGGCACCUACCAGAACCUGAACAUGACCGUAGCUCAGGACUGGUGCCUGGCCCUGCAGAGGCUGAUGCGGGUGAAGGAAGAGGAGAUCCACUCGGCCAACAAGUGCCGCCUUCGGCUGCUGCUUCCCGGAAAGCCUGACAAAUCCGGCCGCCCUAUCAGCUUCAUGGUCGUCUUCAUCACCCCCAACCCCCUGAGCAAGAUUUCCUGGGUCAACCGGUUGCAUCUGGCCAAGAUCGGACUCCGAGAGGAGAACCAGCCAGGCUGGCUGUGUCCGGACGAGGACAGGAAGAGCAAAGCCCCUUUCUGGUGUCCCAUCCUGGCCUGCUGUGUUCCUGCUUUCUCCUCCCAGGCCCUCAGCCUGCAGCUUGGGGCCCUGGUCCACAGUCCUGUCAACUGUCCCCUGCUGGGCUUCUCCGCCGUCAGCACCUCCCUUCCACAGGGCUACCUCUGGGUUGGAGGUGGGAAGGAGGGUGCCGGGGGCCAGGUGGAGAUCUUCUCUCUGAACAGACCCUCCCCACGCACUGUCAAGUCCUUCCCCCUGGCGGCCCCGGUGCUCUGCAUGGAGUACAUUCCGGAACCGGAGGAGGAGGCGGAGGGCUCGGAGGAGAGCCGGGCCACCACAGACCCCUCAGCUGCUAUGCACCCCACCAUCUGCCUUGGGCUCCAGGAUGGCAGCAUCCUGCUCUACGGCAGCGUCGACACGGGCACCCAGUGCCUGGCGACCUGCAGGAGCCCCGGCCCACAGCCAGUGCUGUGCCUGCGGUACAGCCCCUCCUUCCUGCUGGCCGGCCUGCAGGACGGGACCCUCGCCGCCUACCCUCGGAGCAGUGGAGGAGUCCCCUGGGACCUGGAGAGUCCCCCGAUGUGUCUGACCAUAGGGCCGGGGCCCAUCCGCACGCUGCUCAGCCUAGAGGAUGCGGUGUGGGCCAGCUGUGGACAGAGGGUCACUGUCCUGGAUUGUGCCACCCUGCAGACUCAGCAAAGCUUUGAGGCGCACCAGGAUGAGGCGGUGAGCGUGACCCACAUGGUGAAGGCGGGCAGCGGCGUCUGGAUGGCCUUCUCCUCCGGCUCCUCCAUCCGCCUGUUCCACACCGAGACCCUGGAGCAUCUGCAGGAGAUCAACAUCGCCACCAGGACCACCUUCCUCUUGCCAGGCCAGAAGCACCUGUGUGUCACCAGCCUCCUGAUCUGCCAGGGUCUGCUCUGGGUGGGCACCGACCAGGGGGUCAUAGUCCUGUUGCCUGUGCCCCGGCUGGAAGGCAUCCCCAAAAUCACAGGGAAGGGCAUGGUCUCCCUCAACGGUCACUGCGGCCCCGUGUCCUUCCUGGCCGUGGCCACCAGCAUCCUGGCCCCCGACAUCCUGCGCAGCGACCAGGAGGAGGCGGAGGAGGACAAGCCCGACGGGCAGGCUCAGGAGCCGGUGCCCGCGCCCGACAGCCACGUGGGGCGGGAGCUGACCCGCAAGAAGGGCAUCCUGCUGCAGUACCGGCUGCGCUCCACGGCGCACCUGCCCGGCCCGCUGCUCUCGGUGCGGGAGCCCGCGCCCUCCGACGGCUCCGGCCCCGCCGCCGCGCUGGAGCACAGCGAGGAGGACGGCUCCAUCUACGAGAUGGCCGACGACCCCGACGUGUGGGUGCGCAGCCGGCCCUGCGCCCGGGAUGCCCACCGCAAAGAGAUCUGCUCCGUGGCCAUCAUCUCGGGAGGACAGGGCUACCGCAACUUCGGCGGGGGCAGCGGGAGGCCCGCCCCGUGCGGGGAGACGGACAGCACGCUGCUCAUCUGGCAGGUGCCCUUGACGCUAUAGCCACGCCCACCCGGAGGGCACGCCCACCGGGCACGCCCACCGCGGAAGCUCCAUCCACAGGUGGCCACGCCCACCCACAGGACACGCCCACCCGCAGGGCAGACCUACGUGGGUACUCCAAACAAGGCCACGCCCACAGGGAGGGCGGGGCUGGCUGCAGAGGCCAGUCUCUGUCUCAGGUCUGUGUGCCUUGGGCACCUCUUCCUGUCCAGCAGGGUCGCCCAGGGAGCACUGGGUGGAGUUGCCUUGCUUGGGACCCGCGUGUAACUGGCCUGGAUCCUCUAGCAACUGCCUUGGCAAAUCAGACAUUUUUUUUUUAGACUAAAGAGUGUUUGGGGGAGGUGUUUAAAAGUGUGGGGAGAGUGAAGACAUACGGAGAAAAUGGCCUUUUUAAAAAAAGAAGCAAAAGCGCAAAAAAAAAAAAAAACCCAAACACAAAACCUCACAACUGCCUGGCCAGCCCAGUACUAGUUAUUGGAGCUGACCAGGGCUUCGAGUAGCCACGUGCCCCUCCGGUAAGGGUGUGUGUGAGCCAGUGUGUGUGUGUGGGCUGGUGUGUGAAUAUAUAAAUAUAAAUAUAAAUACGUAUAUAUGGUGUAUAUUAUAUGUAUAAAUACAGUCUGUACAUAUUGGAGCUCUGGGAGAAGCUGGAAUAAAGGGCAAGAGGUACACCUGGA